AUGUCUCGAUUCACCACAGUUCUAGCUGUAGCGGCUAUAGCUGUGGCAUUUUGGUACAUUUUUAACUGGCUGCAGCCUUCGAAACCACCACAGCUGGAUCCCAACGCGUGGUGGGGACCGAUCGAGCUGAAAGGCAGAGAAGACAUUAGCAUAAGGCCCUUUGAAAUUAAAUUCGAAAAGAAGGUAAUCGACGAUUUGAAAUAUCGCCUCAAAAAUCAUCGACCCUUCGCCCCGCCACUAGAGGGUGUGACCUUCGAAUACGGCUUCAACACGGCUGCCCUAGAACCCUGGCUGAAAUACUGGGCCGAAGAGUAUAAAUUUGCUGACCGAGAAAAGUUCUUUAAUCAGUUUCCACAUUUCAAGACCAGCAUCAAGGGCCUGGAUAUUCAUUUCAUCAGAGUUAAGCCUCAGGUAUCUGCAGGAGUCCAGACUCUGCCCCUUCUUCUAUUACAUGGCUGGCCAGGUUCCGUCAGGGAGUUCUACGAAGCCAUCCCCCUGCUGACCAGUCAAAAUUCUGGGUAUGAUUUUGCCUUUGAAGUCAUAGUCCCGAGUCUACCCGGAUAUGGUUUUUCUGAUGCUGCAGUGAGACCAGGCUUAUCUUUGCCGUACGUAGCAGAUAUCUUCAGAAUAUUAAUGAAAAGAUUGGGUCAUGAUAAAUUUUACAUACAAGGGGGAGAUUGGGGCGCAGCCAUUGCCUCGGCCAUGGUUACCCUAUUCCCUGAAGAUGUUCUUGGACAUCACAGUAAUUCAGCUGUUACACAGCAUCCUCACGCCCUGCUCAGAACUCUGCUUGGUGCUUUAAUACCGUCACUAAUAGUGGAAGAUCAUCUAGCCGAAAGAAUGUAUCCACUUUCAAAACAUCUGGCGUACUUGUUGGAAGAAUUCGGAUACUUUCACUUACAAGCCACAAAGCCUGAUACAGUAGGUGUUUCCCUGACGGAUUCUCCAUCAGGUCUUCUAGCGUAUAUUUUAGAGAAAUUCGCGGUUUGGACGCGCAAGGAGCACAAGUUUAAGAGUGACGGCGGUCUCGGCUUCAGGUUUAGCAAGGAAAAGCUGAUAGAUAAUCUAAUGGUCUACUGGAUUACCAACUCUAUUACAAGCUCAAUGAGAUUCUAUUCCGAAAACAUGAGUAACAAAUUCAGGGAAAUGAAUUUGGAAGCUUUUACAUCACCCGUUCCCACGUGGGCUCUCCAGGCCAGAGACGAGCUGGUCUAUCAGCCGCCUGCAGUUUUACGUGCGAAGUACCUGAAUCUCCUCAACGUGACGGUUUUAGACGACGGCGGACAUUUCUUGGCUUUGGAACUUCCUGAGGUGUUCGCGGAAGACGUUUUCAAGGCGGUUCACGCGUUCAAGCAGUGGCGUUCUACUCAUUCCAAGACUGAUCAUUAGUUUUUGACGUGACAACGUCUUAUAAUUCGAUGGAGCCGGCUGCACGCACGAAAAAGCAUGACUCAUU